AUGGUUCAGCCGAACGAAAGAACGAUUUUGAUUCAACGAAAUGCAACCUCUUAUACGGGUGACAAUACCAAACCACGCCGUGUUGUAGUUUUGGACGUGUUUCGUGGACUUUUAAUGGUUUUACAAUCUUUGGAUCAUGCAAGAUCUUUUUUAACAGCCCUAACAGAACACGAAACAUGGUAUUCUCAACCCGUGUAUAAAGAUUUGGUUCCAUCAAUAUCAAGAUUGGUAACUCAUUUAGCAGCACCUGGAUUUGCUUUUAUGAUGGGAUUUGGAAUAAUUUUGUUUUCAGAAUCACGUUUAAGAAUUGGAUGGGAAAUAAAUAAAUUACUAAAGCAUUAUAUUAUUAGAGGUUUAACUUUAUUAAUAUUAAAUGCUUAUUUUAUGAUUUUUGGUAUUAUUUAUGUUAUUGAUUCGAUUGGUAAUGUUUCACAGACUCCAAAAUCAAUAGAAUAUGAAACAGUUGAUUUUGGUUUGUGGAGAUUUAUUUGGUUAUUACCAGGAGAAUAUAAAUGGCUUUUUUCUAUGUAUCCACCUUUAAAUUGGUUAUCUUUUACAAUUUUCGGAAUUCUUUAUGGAUAUAUCACUUUAAAACAAGCACAUAAUAAACGUUAUAACAGAAAUCUCAAUUUGAAAAUUGGGAUUUUUCUACUAACGCUCUUUUUAGCAAUAAGAAUUCCUGGAAAAUUCGGAAACAUAAAUCCAGAACUUCUUCCAUCACCACCACCGGGAACUUUAUUCAAUAAUCCUUAUUUAACAUCGAUAUUACAAUUUGUUAAUGCAAUAAAAUAUCCACCAGAUUUAUCAUUCAUCACACUAUAUAUGGGUUUAAAUCAUUUGAUUUUAGCUUUUUUUUAUUCGAUUCCUUCAUCAACUCCUUAUUCUAUUUUAAAUUAUUUUAUAGAUUUUUUAUUUAGUGGUCCAUUAUUGGCUUUUGGACAAAGUGCUUUAUUUUUUUAUAUGGUGCAUUUCCAUUUGUAUUUAAUUAUGGGUCUGAUUUUGACAUUUUUAUUUGGAUCUAAUCAAGAACCUCCAUACAGUAUUGAUUCUUGGCAAUUUUGGUCUAUGUGGAUUUUUGGAUUAGCAUUGUUAUGGCCAAUGUGUAUUAAAUAUGCUAAAUUUAAAAGUAGGAAAGAACCUGAUUCAUUAUGGAGAUUCUUUUAA